GGUAAAAGGAAAAACUUUAAAUUUAUAAUUUUUAUGAUAUUUUAAUAUAAUAUAUGGCUGUAAAACUCAAUACUUAACCUUAGGAAUAGUAAUGUAUACAUCUUUGAAUCAUCCGACAGGUGUUGCCAAGCACGGGACAGCUGCCGACAAUCUUGACAAGGGUUCCCUAUGGAAAAAACUUUUGAAAGGGACAUCCGUACAUAGGGGAUAGCGAAACUCGCCCGUCCUGCUGAUAGGUCGAUAAUACGGAACAGCUGGACAUGAUGAUGAUGAUGGCUCUUGGACACUUCUGUAUAAAAAGCUUGCGAGCCUCCUGCCAAUAUGCUUCUAUCUCAUCACCAUCACCAUCACCAUCAACAUCAUCAUCACAACUACAAAACACUUUACUCGCUCAAGUAAUCAUUACGACUUUUAAUCCUAAUACCUAAAUCUUAAAACAACACCUCAACCGCCACCAUGAAGUUCACCAGCACCGCCGUAGCCGCCAUCUUCGCCGCCACCGCCAUGGCAGCUCCCACUCCCUCUCCCUCGGCCCAGUCCGCCGUAGCCGACGUCCCCGAGUGGACCAUCGAGAGCAUCAAGCGCGGCUGCAACGCCGCCAACACCCAGUGCAUCUGGACCUUCAGCAUCAACACGCACCUAGCCGACGCCACUCCCUGCGAGUUCACCGUCAAGGGCGCCGGCAACGUGCCUGCCAGCGAGAGCGACAGCAGCGGCAACAUCUGCGGCCCUUACACCGUCGGUUCCGGCUGGAGCGGCCAAUUCGGGCCCGGCAACGGCUUCACUACCCUGAGCGUCGUCGAUGAAGCUAAGAAGCUUAUUGCUUGGCCCUCGUACACCGACAAGGCGCUCGAGGGCAACGUUGUCGUGUCCCCUGACCUGAGCUGGCCUGUUACUUCUCUCCAGUUCUGAGCUGUUACCGAUAGCGGAUGGGAGAGAGUUGGAGAUGGAGGUGGAGGUGGAGAGUAGGAAGAAAAGUGUCAGAUUUACGCGGAAAUGUAAUUGUUCAAUGUUAAUAGCAUAGCGUCACUGGGUUUGCAUAUAUAUCAUAAUACAUAGAGUCACUCCUUAUUCAUAUUAAGUUUUAA